AUGGGCAACGGACGAACGGGAAUGGUCAUUGACAGUUCCGAUCCCCCUCCACCCCAAGGAACGAGGCGUCCAAGAUCUCCAGAUCGUCAAGAGACCGGCGACGUGAAACGCAGACGUUUGGAUCUCCCUCCGACGACUCCAGGAUCGGACAAUUAUAGACCAGAUCCCCAAAGAUCGACCAGAAUGGACAUAGAUGAUACUGGACGCCGCGAUGAUUCGAGGCGACUAACAAGCAACAGGAAUGAACCCUCGCGCCGUGAGCGCUCUCCCCCGGUACAAUCUUUGCGGCAUCGGGACGACCAGAUUCGUGUGGAGAUACGCCACGAGGUUACCCCAGCUCGUUCUCAAGCUCCGUCUUCUGUUAUCGACCCUCCUCCGACGAAUGCGCCCAUUCGCUCAAGAGCGCCCCUGCCUCCGCAAGAUCAAGUGAUGCGUGACCAAAUGCGUCAUGGUAGGCCACCGCAAGGGAGUGACGGCAAUAAUAACUCCAACCGAGCUGAGCGUGCGCCCAUCGCACCUAAAGCAGAUCGUAGUCGUGGCUCUGGUGUGCAUAGACAAGAGACUGACGACCGACCACCCCCGCGGAGCGAACAUCCCAAUACUAGGUCGGAUGUGUCAUCUGGAGGCGGCAAUCACCGUUCCAAGGAGAGAGGACCAGAGUCUAGUCACAACGAUCGAUUCUCCAAUGGAGGACCGCCAGCUGGAGAGUCCUCACGAGGCCGUGGGCGUCAUUUUGCGACCUCUGGAAGCAACAAUAUACCCAUUAUGCAUCCAAAGGGCAACUUUGGCAUGGGCAGAGGAGAAACUGGGGGACAAGCGAAUGUUACGAACAACAACGAAAAGGUUGCUCCACUAGUUUCAGAACCAUCACAGAACACAUCGGACGACAAAGGGCGGACCAGGACGUCACGAUUCGGGCCUUCUGCUCCUAACCGUGACGAGGCUCCCCGUGAUAAAGAUCGUAGCUUGGGAGAGAAUAUGGUACAGAUUGCGAUAGACGUUACAACCUCAAAACCCACCCUACCAGACGCACUUGUUCAACGCGAUCCUCCUCCACAUCUCGACACUGGCGUCGCACCACUGGCGCGACAGACACUUCGAAUUGAAGCAAUUGGGCCUCCAGCAGAUGGCGGGCCGUCUGAAUUACCUUAUGAUACCCCGGCGAUUCCUUCUAUGGAGCCCCUGCGCAUCUCGGACGAACCGGUGGAUGAUAGUCAUGGUAUGGUGGACAGUGCUUCUCCCCAGGAGAAUGAAGGCGAUUCUAUGGGUGGACAGAGGAAAGGAUCUUUGUUGGCUCGCUUGGGACCAGGGAGCGGCGGUGAUAACGAAGUAGACGCGCAUUCUGCAAGUCGAAAGAAGUCGGGUCGUGCAAAGAGGCCAGGUCGUGGAGGUCGUCGUUGA